CAUUGUCAAGUUGUGGUGACGUGCGUACAUUUUUCAAUACGUGGCUGACGUUUUGGAUAUUUUGUGGAGAUUGUCGCAUUCAAUAUUGGUUUUGCAAGGCAAAAUCACCAACUCGUGUUAAUUCCUAUCGCGCCAGUGAAGAAACUAAAUUUAUAAAUCGAAAAUGGAUCAAAUCGCCAAGUUUGUUGAGCCUGGUAAGCAGUUUGCCAAGGACUCCAUCAGACUGGUCAGGAGAUGCACAAAGCCAGACAGAAAAGAAUUCCAAAAGAUCGCCGUGGCUACCGCUAUCGGUUUCUGCAUCAUGGGCUUCAUCGGUUUCUUCGUCAAGUUGAUACACAUCCCAAUCAACAACAUCAUUGUUGGAUCGUAGGCGCUAGUAAAUUAGUUGUUAGUUGUAAUUCCUAUGUUAAGGCUCCCAGACAUCUAAGUUAAACUCUCACUGUUUCAUUUUCCUACAAAUACAAUCUAAUAAGAGAAUAAAUUAUUCCAUUUUCUA